AAUAUUAAAGCCUACACAUUCAAUUUAUCCCAAACUUUUCAGUUCCCAGUAUUAUUUUUCUUCUCUCCAGAGACAAAAAGCAUCCAUCACGGCAAAAGGGGUUCUGCAACUUUUUUCCUGCGCUUCUUCUGCUUCAAGUUCUCUCCUUUUUCAGUUAGGGUUUGUGGGUUUUCCACUUUACUUUUAUCCCUUGAAGAUGGUAGACUUUGCUCGCGUGCAAAAGGAGCUCCAAGAAUGUAGCAGAGACAUGGAGGCAUCGGGUAUUAGGGUCAGCCCUAAAUCUGACAACCUCGCGGGCUUAACUGGCACAAUCCCUGGCCCUAUCGGCACUCCUUAUGAAGGCGGCAGCUUUGAAAUCGACAUUACAUUACCUGAUGGGUAUCCUUUUGAGCCUCCCAGGAUGAAGUUUGUGACUAAAGUUUGGCACCCAAAUAUUAGCAGUCAAAGUGGUGCAAUAUGCCUGGAUAUCUUGAAGGACCAGUGGAGUCCAGCACUGACUCUGAAGACUGCUCUUGUUUCCAUCCAAGCUUUGCUAUCUGCUCCUGAACCUGAUGACCCUCAAGAUGCUGUAGUAGCACAACAGUAUCUUAGGGACUAUCAGACCUUCGUUGGUACAGCUCGUUACUGGACAGAAUCUUUUGCCAAGGCCUCUUCUCUGGGGGUAGAGGAAAAGGUGCAACGACUUGUUGAAAUGGGUUUUGCUGAAAGUUUGGUGAGGAGUACACUAGAAGCUGUUGGUGGCGAUGAAAAUCUGGCUCUUGAAAGACUUUGCUCCAGCUAAAUGUCUCAGAGCUCCAAUUGUUCAAACUGCUUUCUCAAGCACCUAGUGAAUCUUAAAAUCUUAUAGGGACACCGGAUUCUGUUUGAAUAUAAGCUAUUCUCCUUUUGUCCAGAAAUGAUUUCCGGAUUUUCUGCCUCCUCAUGGCCUAGUUUAUUUUGUGUUCUUGGACAUAUAUGCUGCUUAAGGCACCUAAUUAACCAGCUAAACAUGGUGAUGAAAAUGCUUCUUUUGAAAACGUGGUUUGAAAUUAUGAAUGGUCAUUUCUUUGCUCAACCAAUGGCUAUAAUGAAAGUGUAGAGACCAC